UUAGUUAUAUCUGGGGCUUAAUAACUAUAAUAUGUGAGACCAAAUUCCAGGAACACAGUUCAGUGCUCAAUGUUUCAUAAGCGCUCGCUUCUUUGAAGAAUUUAUCAUCAUUACUAGAAUUCUGUUUACUACAUUUCAGUCCCAAUUAUCUGAUGCAUUAAAAUUAUGGUUAAUAGACAUGUCAAUUAGUCUUGUGGAACUCAUUUCUGGUCAUGUUUCAUAUAGGAAUUUAUCUUUCAACAAGGGCCUCACAGGACAACUUCGAGCUUCAAUUGGAAAAUUGACGAAACUAGUACACUUAAACCUGGUUGGUUGCAGUUUCUUUGGUCCUAUUCCAGAUGCUAUAGGAUCUCUAACGAAGCUGUCUUACCUAUCUCUCAAAAACAAUAGUUUCAGUGGGCCAAUUCCGCCUUCCAUUGGUAAUCUGGCCAAUCUUACUUUUAUAGACCUAUCUGACAACAAGCUUCAGGGAUCCAUCCCAGUCUCUAAUGGGACUACACUUGGUCUUGAUAAGUUACUUAAGGCGAGACACUUUCAUUUUGGGAACAAUCAGCUCUCGGGCCCAAUUCCACCUCGACUUUUCAGCUCAAUGAUGGCCAUGAUACAUUUGUAA